GCGCACAAAACUAGUAGCGGUGAACUUGAGCUGUACGAUUUGGCCUGCUUUCUCCGCGCCGACAAGUCGGGCUGCGUCGUCGGCCGCGCUGAAACCGGUUUGCCGCCCGUCUACUUUCACUGUCACUCGGAGGAGCGGAAGGAAGCGGCAGUUCUCCGGCGGAGCGCUCUCGUGAACGGAUGUGCUAGACCGCCGCUCGCUCGCCAUGAUUCUCACCGAGAAGGAUCUCCAGCUCCUGGCGACGUUGCCGUUCCAGCAGCAGCAGCUCGAGCGAAAGGACGCUGAUCUCAAAAUAGAAUUCGACGGGACCACCGUGUUGUGCCGAGUAUGUGGGGACAAGGCCAGCGGCUUCCACUAUGGCGUUCACUCCUGCGAAGGAUGCAAGGGCUUCUUCCGGAGGAGCAUCCAGCAAAAAAUUCAGUACCGACCCUGCACCAAAAAUCAACAAUGCUCAAUUCUUCGUAUCAACAGGAACAGGUGCCAGUACUGCAGGCUCAAGAAGUGCAUCGCAGUCGGCAUGUCUCGUGAUGCCGUGAGGUUUGGACGAGUGCCGAAGCGUGAGAAGGCGAAGAUCCUCGCUGCUAUGCAGAAGGUGAACGCCAGCUCGCAAGAAAAGGCGUUGGCUGUGGAGUUAGAGGACGAGAUGAGACUAUUUGACACUGUGGUACGUGCGCACGAGGAGACCUGCGAUUUCACCAGCGACAAGGUUGCCCCACUUCUGGAGCGCGCCCGCGCCCACCCCGUCUACACCCUGUGCCCUCCACAGCUGGCGUGCCCUCUGAACCCUACUACGCAACCAGCCGAAGGCAAUGGAGCCCCGCGGCUAAUGGAAGACUUCUCUGAACGUUUCUCCCCUGCAAUCCGCGGUGUGGUUGAGUUCGCGAAGCGUAUUCCUGGCUUCAGUCUCCUGGCACAAGAUGACCAAGUGACGCUGCUCAAGGCCGGCGUGUUCGAAGUACUCCUGGUACGGUUGGCCUGCAUGUUUGACAGCCGCAGCAGCUCCAUGGUGUGCCUCAACGGUCAGGUGCUACUUCGCGAGUCACUGCAUUCGGCCAGCAACGCACGGUUCCUGCUUGACUCCAUGUUCGACUUUGCCGAUCGGCUCAACUCCCUGGGCCUGUCGGACGCCGAGCUGGGGCUCUUCUGCUCCGUCGUGGUCAUUGCACCCGACCGGCCCGGACUCCGAAACGUUGACCUGGUGCAGAAGAUGCAGCGGCGCCUGAGCGAGGUGCUGCAAAAGGCCGUUGCCGCGGGCCACCCCGACCGGCCGCAGCUUUGCGCCGAACUGCUCAAGAAGGUGCCUGACUUGCGCACGCUCAACACGCUGCACUCAGAAAAGCUGCUGGCCUACAAGAUGGAGCCGGCGACGCCUCCGUACCUGGAGCAGUGGGGUGCGACCGAAGACUGGAGCCCGGCCAGCCCACACUCAGUGGCCUCGUCGACCAACUCGCUGGAUGGUGCCAAGAGUCCCGUACGCUCGGGUUCGUUCUCAAGCAGCACCGACUACUCGCCGGACAGCCCGGCCAAGCCGUUCGCCAAGGUGCGCCGGCUCGACUCGCCCACGGACUCUGGCAUCGACAGCGGCAAGGAGCCCGGCUGCUGCACGCCCAGCGCAUCGGUGUGCUCGAGCCCGCGUUCGCUGGACGACAAGCCAGCGGACGAGCCAGACCGCGCCGACGAGGACAUGCCGGUGCUGAAGCGUGCGUUGCAGGCGCCGCCGCUCGUCAGUCCGCACCAGCUCAUGGAGGAGGCGUACAGACACCACAAGAAGCUCCGUGCGGUGCGGAAGGAGGCCGCCUCUAGCUCGGCAGACCUGGCUUCGAGUCACAGCACGCUCGUGGGCCGGCUGCAGCAAGCGCCACGCUUCCUCAACGAGCAGCAGCUAAAGCGCACCGACCUCAUCCACAAUAUCAUUAUGCGCAACGAGGGUCCGCAGGGCUUCUUCCAGGGCUGGGGCUCGCCGCCACGUUGCCCCUACAGCCCGCAGCCCAGCCCGCCGCUAGUCCCGACCCAGGAAGGGCCGCAGCCGCUCAACCUAUCCAAGAAGCCCCCCACGCCGCCGCUCAAGACAGAGACGUAGGCCCCCCAUCCCCCCACCAGUGUAUAUAGGGCGCACGGACGCAUAACUUAUCACGCGAGGAAUGUACAGAAGGGUAAUAUAAGUUAUGGUGGGACACCAUCCACGGUGGCGCUGCUGCUGUUGCGGGAGCCAGUAUUAUGUGCAAUCAUUUGUUGUGUCUGUCUUGGUGUGCUUUCAUUAUUUAUGGAGCUCGUCUUUAGCAAGGUGUUGUAAAUUAUCGAAUGUAUGUAUGUGCGCGUGCAUGUGUGUGUGCAUCUCCGGUGACUCUGUCUUUAGAGUGUUGUCGGUACUCUCCC